AUGGACACCGUUUUUAUUUCUUUUCAAGAUGCAAAUACAACCGAGACUUCUCCUGUAACUGAAGAGAUGUGGAAGACUAAUGUUUUACACAGUAUAUUUUAUUUGGAUUAUACAUUAGCGGUAUUUGUGCAUAGUAUUCAGCGUAUUUUGAAGAUUUCUUGUCAAACUCUUCCAUAUAACCCACGUAUAGUAAAUUCACGACGGAUGCCACCCGUAUAUAUGCGUCAUACUGGGUCAAAAAAAUUAAAGUGA